GUGCCGAGCGUGGCUCUUCCCUGGGAACAUCAGCUGGUGCUGGCUCCGGGAUCAUGGGGGCUGUGGGCUGCACAUGGUGGUAUCUCUGCCUGCUGUGUAUCACUAUGGACCGGGACAACCUGACGGGUGGCAGCGGGCUCCCAGACAGCGACGAGUGUGCGGAGGGUACGGACGACUGCCACAUUGACGCCAUCUGCCAGAAUACCCCGAAAUCCUACAAAUGUAUCUGCAAGCCUGGAUAUAAGGGCGAGGGGAAACAAUGUGAAGAUAUUGAUGAAUGUGACAAUGACUACAAUGGUGGAUGCGUUCAUGAAUGUAUCAACAUACCGGGGAAUUAUAGAUGCACGUGCCAUGAUGGAUUUAUGUUGGCGCACGAUGGGCACAAUUGUUUGGAUGUGGAUGAAUGCUUGGACAAUAAUGGAGGUUGUCAGCAGAUCUGUGUCAACACGAUGGGAAGCUAUGAGUGCCAGUGCAAGGAUGGCUUCUUCUUAAGUGACAAUCAGCAUACCUGCAUCCAUCGCUCUAACGAAGGCAUGAACUGCAUGAACAAAGACCACGACUGCGCCCAUAUCUGCCGAGAGACGCCUAGAGUGGGAGUGGCAUGUGAGUGUCGUCCAGGCUUCAAACUUGCAAAGAACCAGAGGGACUGUACAUUAACCUGUAAUUACGGGAAUGGAGGCUGUCAGCACACCUGCGAAGACAUGGACACCGGCCCUGUGUGUGGCUGCCACCAGAAAUAUGCCCUUCACUCAGACGGUAGAACGUGUAUCGAAAAGGAUGAGGCUGCAAUUGAGCGUUCUGAGUACAAUUCCACGUCAGUUACUGAUGUGGACAAGCGGGUGAAACGGAGACUCCUUAUGGAAACGUGCGCUGUGAAUAAUGGAGGCUGUGACCGUACGUGCAAGGAUACGGCAACGGGAGUUAGAUGCAGUUGCCCUGUGGGAUUCACCUUGCAGCCAGAUCAGAAGACUUGCAAAGAUAUCGAUGAGUGCCAAGUAAAUAACGGUGGAUGUGACCAUUUUUGCCGCAAUACUGUUGGAAGCUUUGAAUGCAGCUGCCAGAAGGGACACAAGUUACUGACGGAUGAACGCACCUGCCAAGAUAUUGAUGAAUGUUCCUUUGAGAGAACCUGUGACCACAUCUGUAUCAACUACCCGGGGAGCUACGAAUGUCUCUGCCAAAAGGGCUACACGCUCUAUGGAUUGACACAUUGUGGAGACAUCGACGAAUGCAGCAUAAAUAACGGCAGCUGUGACUGGGGAUGUAUAAACACGCUGGGAAGCUACGACUGCUUGUGUCCUCCUGGGAAGAAGCUGCAUUGGAAUAAGAGGGACUGUAUUGAGACGGCAAAAUGCGUCCUCAGCUACAAAUCAACCCCAAAAGCUCAGCUGAUCUGCAGUAAAUCGUCGGGGAUCGAUAACUGCUUCUUGUCCUGCCCGGCCAAUACACUCUUUGUUCCAGAGUCUGAGAAUAGUUAUUCUCUGAGCUGCGGCGUGCCCCUGCAACAGAGCAAGGUGGUCCUAAGACGCAACUCAACAAUCCCAGCAUGCUCAGAUCCCAUCGGAGCUCCUAUAACCCAGAAAGCCCGGUUUAAAAUUAAAGAUGCCAAGUGCCACCUGCGUCCACGGAGCAAGGACAAGAGUAAGGACUCCGGAAAACAGUCGAUGAUGGACAGCUGCCAUGUUACCUACGUGAACCUAAAGUGCGACUCCUCCAAGAAAAAAAGACGAGGCCGCAAAUCUCCGUCCAAGGAGGUCUCCCAUAUCAUUGCAGAAUUUGAGUUAGAAGUGAAGAGAGAUGACGUUUCAGACUCGUGUAAUGCCGACUGCAUACGGAAGAGGAUGGAGCAGAAGCUUCAGGCCGCCAUUAAAACCCUGAGGAAGUCCAUCAACAAGCAGCAGUUUUACAUCCAGUUCUCAGGCAUAGAAUAUGAAGUGGCGCAGAAGCCGGCUAAGGGCACGGAGAACCAGCAGGCGUGCGGCACGGGGCAGGCGCUGCAGGACGGCAAAUGCGUCACCUGCGGCGCAGGCACAUACUACAAUGGAGAAAGCAAUCACUGCACCCCCUGUCUGCCAGGCACCUACCAAGACAUGGAAGGCCAGCUAGCAUGUGAACCGUGCCCCAGUAACGAUGGCAUGGGCAUUCCUGGAGCAAGAAAUCUGUCUGAAUGUGGAGGACAGUGUGCCCCAGGACAUUACUCUGUUGACGGGUUCAAACCAUGCAGGCCUUGCCCUCUGGGCACCUAUCAGCCAAAUCCGGGCCGCACCAUCUGCUUUCCAUGCGGUGGAGGACUGAUCACAAAGUACGAAAGCAUGGUGUCUUUCCAGGACUGUGAGACAAAAGUUCAUUGCUCUCCUGGACACUUCUACAAUUCCACCACCCACCGGUGUAUCCGAUGCCCCAUCGGGACGUAUCAGCCCGAGUUUGGGCAGAAUUUUUGUAUAACCUGCCCAGGGAACACCAGCACAGACUUUGAUGGUUCUACAAACGUGACCCAUUGCAAAAACCAGCAUUGCGGAGGAGAAUUAGGAGAAUACACCGGUUAUAUUGAGUCCCCCAACUACCCUGGAGAUUAUCCCGCCCAUGUGGAGUGUAUCUGGAACAUUAACCCCCCUCCAAAGAGAAGAAUAUUGAUCGUGGUCCCGGAGAUCUUUCUACCAAUUGAAGAUGAGUGCGGGGACGUGUUAGUCAUGAGAAAAAGCGCCUCUCCAACAUCCAUCACCACCUAUGAGACGUGCCAGACGUACGAGCGUCCAAUAGCGUUCACCUCGCGGUCGCGCAAACUGUGGAUUCAGUUUAAGUCUAAUGAGGGCAACAGCGGGAAAGGAUUUCAAGUGCCUUAUGUCACGUAUGACGAGGAUUACCAACAAUUAAUAGAAGAUAUUGUCCGUGAUGGAAGAUUAUACGCUUCAGAGAACCAUCAGGAGAUUUUAAAAGACAAGAAGCUGAUCAAGGCUCUCUUUGACGUCUUAGCGCAUCCCCAAAAUUAUUUCAAGUACACAGCACAGCAAUCCAAGGAGAUGUUCCCAAGAUCUUUUAUUAAACUACUCCACUCAAAAGUUUCCAGAUUUUUACGGCCUUAUAAAUAGCUUUAUUUUUUUUUAUUAGUGUUUUUUUUUUUUUUUUAUAAUUUUGUUUUUUUUGUUUUUUUGCUAUUUGGUUUUCAUCCACGUUCUUCUCUCAGUUCCGUCAUCCCUCUUUGCAGUAGUUGCUGCUCCAAGUAAAAAGAAAAGAAAGACUUGUUUUGUAGUCUUCAGUUUCCCGUUCAUCCGAAAGAUAAAUAUAUAUAUA